GGUGUUCAUAUACAUACACAUGAAGGGCGUGGCUAAUGCAAUUACCAGAGUCUUCCCUAACUCUGAGCACAGGAACUGUGCACGCCAUAUUAAUGGUAAUUGGAGCAAAGCACAUCGAGAGAUGAAUAUGAAGAAGUUGUUUUGGCAGUGUGCGAAAUCAACAUGUGAACCUCAGUUGGAAGCUAAUUUAGCUGAGCUAGAUUAGGCUGAUGCUCAAGCAGGUAUUGACUUACGCAAACACCCAUUCAAGUUAUGGUGUAAAGCUUUCUUUAGGGAUGCAGUGAAGUGUGACACAGUUGAGAACAACCUGUCUGAGGCCUUCAAUAGCACACUUCUAAAAGCAAGAUCCAAGCCUUUGAUCCCAAUGCUUGAGGACAUUCGUGUUGCAACAAUGAAAAGGAUAGCCAAGAAGAGAAAAUAUGUUCUGAAAUGGCCAGGUUCAUUUGGUCCAAUAAUAAUGAAGAAGCUGAAUACUAAUAUUCUAGCAAGUCAAGGAUGGAAUGUGGAUUUCAAUGGUGAUGAUGGAUAUGAAAUCAAGAAAGGAAGAGGGCAAUUCAAAGUCAGUCUUAAGAAGAGAUCAUGUUCUUGUAGAAGGUGGGAUCUCAGUGGUAUCCCUUGUGCCCAUGCCAUUUGUGCCAUCUAUGACAAGGGGGAGGAGGCAGAAGCAUACGUUGACCACUGUUACAGUAAGGAGAUGUACCAGAAAACUUACUCCUACACAUUGCAUCCUAUCAAUGGGGAG